ACUUUUACAGUUGUACGGAUCGGAUUUAAAAAUAUUACUUGUACUAAAAACAAAAGAAGGUGGGUUGACCCGACCCGCUAAAUUAGUGCUCCAACUUUUUUCUGCUGAGCUAAGACCCAAAAUAUGCAGCAACAUAUAUAUUUUUUUCCAAUAAUAACUCCCCCAAAUUACUUGUAUGAUAUUCAUUUGACCUACAAAAAACGCACUUCUCCUUCUUCCUAUCUGAUCAUCAAUUCUCAGGUUUUUUCUGAGAUCUAUAGCAAGAUAGUUAUUAGCUUUACUAAUUCGGUUUGUAAUAUAAAUCGAGAAAAUAUCAAAAAUGGGAAGAGGAAAGAUCACGAUCGAAAGAAUCGAUAACUUGACAAGCAGGCAAGUAACUUUCACUAAGAGAAGGAAAGGGUUGUUCAAGAAGGCUAAGGAGCUUUCGAUCCUUUGCGACGCCGAGGUCGGAAUCAUUAUCUUCUCUAGCACCGGCAAGGUCUAUGAAAUUGCAAGUCAUUGCAUGCAGUCAUUGUUGGAGCGUUACUACAAAGCAAAUGAGGAGAAUCAAGUGCUCAAUCCUACUUCUGAGGCCCAGUUAUGGAAGGUUGAAGCGGAGGGUUUAAGGCAACAGCUAGAGGAGUUGAGGAAGAACAGCAGGCAAUUAUUGGGGGAAGAUCUUUCAGAACUAAGCAUUGAGCAUCUGGAAACCCUAGAGGCCCAGUUGGAGAUGGGCACUAAGGCCAUACGUUCAAGGAAGGAGGAGAUUUUCCAAAACAAGAUACAAGAACUUAACAAAACGGAGAUCCUCGUGCACCAGGAAAACAUGGAGUUGCACAAGAAGAUUAAUCUCAUGCGUCAAGAAAUGAUAGAAUUGCAGAAGAAGGUUGAGCUCAAUGACACCAAUUAUUCUAUCCAGGUUUCUGGAGGACAAGGAAGGGAUGAUCAGGAAGGAGGAAUCUCUAGCGGCGGGGCGGCAUCAGCAUACGACACCUAUGAUCCCAUUGAGCUCAAGCUAAGCUAACUGAAGAGACCAUGUAAAUGGUACAAGCUAAGCUAAGUUUUAAGCAGUGACAUGUGAUCAAGUUGUUUUAAAUUCUAUACGAACUAGCAUUUAAGAUUGUAUCCACUUUUAAGCCCAAUAUAAGCCCGAAGGGCUUUUUAAUUGGGUUUAGGGCCGUGAAGGGAUGUUAAGGUGCAUGCCUGAGCCUAUUGCUAGUAUGUUUUUAAGAGGACUAUUGUUAAGUUAUUGUUGUGUGACAUUAGUUGUGAUGUACUGAUGUUGUGUCCCAUUUUGUUAUUUUUCCUUUAGACGAUGGAAAAAUUUGAGGGUGAUACUGCCUCGAGUGAGAUUGAGAUUUAAUUUUAGCUGAAUUUUAAUAUUUUCA